AGACCCACAGCUCUGUGGCUUGGAGAAUUUAGACUCUGUCUUCAGCCAGGCACUCACUCCCUACCUCCCAGCACGAUGCCCUACAACUUCUGCCUCCCCAGCCUGAGCUGCCGCACCAGCUGCUCCUCCCGGCCCUGCGUGCCCCCCAGCUGCCACGGCUGCACCCUGCCCGGGGCCUGCAACAUCCCCGCCAACGUGAGCAACUGCAACUGGUUCUGCGAGGGCUCCUUCAAUGGCAGCGAGAAGGAGACCAUGCAGUUCCUGAACGACCGCCUGGCGAGCUACCUGGAGAAGGUGCGUCAGCUGGAGCGGGAGAACGCGGAGCUGGAGCGCCUCAUCCGGGAGCGGUCCCAGCAGCAGGAGCCCUUGCUGUGCGCCAGCUACCAGUCCUACUUCAAGACCAUCGAGGAGCUCCAGCAGAAGAUCCUGUGUACCAAGUCUGAGAAUGCCAGGCUUGUGGUGCAGAUUGACAAUGCCAAGCUGGCCGCGGAUGACUUCAGAACCAAGUACCAGACUGAGCUGUCCCUGCGGCAGCUGGUGGAGUCGGACAUCAACGGCCUGCGCAGGAUCCUGGAUGAGCUGACCCUCUGCAAGUCUGACCUGGAGGCCCAGGUGGAGUCCCUGAAGGAGGAGCUGCUGUGCCUCAAGAGCAACCACGAGCAGGAGGUCAACACCCUGCGCUGCCAGCUUGGAGAUCGCCUCAACGUGGAGGUGGACGCUGCCCCCACUGUGGACCUGAACCAGGUCCUGAACCAGACCAGGAGUCAGUAUGAGGCCUUGGUGGACACCAACCGCAGGGAAGUGGAGCAGUGGUUCGCCACGCAGACCGAGGAGCUGAACAAGCAGGUGGUGUCCAGCUCGGAGCAGCUGCAGUCUUAUCAGGCAGAGAUCAUCGAGCUGAGACGCACGGUCAACGCCCUGGAGAUCGAGCUGCAGGCCCAGCACAACCUGCGAGACUCUCUGGAAAACACGCUGACGGAGAGCGAGGCCCGCUACAGCUCCCAGCUGUCACAGGUGCAGAGCCUGAUCAGCAAUGUGGAGUCCCAGCUGGCGGAGAUCCGCGGUGACCUGGAGCGGCAGAACCAGGAGUACCAGGUGCUGCUGGACGUGCGUGCCCGGCUGGAGUGUGAGAUCAACACGUACCGGAGCCUGCUGGAGAGUGAGGACUGCAAUCUGCCCAGCAACCCCUGUGCCACAACCAACGCGUGCAGCAAGGCCAUCGGACCCUGUGUCUCCAAUCCCUGCACCCCUUGCGUCCCUCCUGUCCCCUGCACACCCUGUGCUCCACGUCCCCGCUGUGGACCCUGCAACUCCUUUGUGCGCUAGAAGCUAAUGCCGGAGGAGCAAGGACGCAGGUCCCAGGACUCCAGAGCUGUGACCUGGCUCUGGUUCAACAAAAGGGGCCUGAAAACAUCAUUUGCAUGGCUGGAGUGGCCCCAGUAAGGCAGCCAAAGCCUGCAGCCUCCCCAACUACUCCAGCCCGUCCUGCUCACUCUUUCCUUCCCGGGGGUCUGUUCCUUCUUGUGCUCACCCAGAGAACUCUUGUAACCUCCUAAUAAAUGUUAUUUCUUUGGCAAAACAGA